AUGGAUCCGAUUGAUGUAGAUAUUGACGACAUGGGCGACGCCCUUGAUAACAACGAACAAUGGAAUCAGCAGCACAAGGAUGAGCAAGAAAAGCAGUCCCGCGAACAGCUUAGUCCCUCUGAUGACGUUAUAGGCGGUAACACGGCUAAUGACAAUGACGUAGACAUAGGGGAGGACAAUUACGUGGUAGGCGACGAUGCGUCUAUGAAGGAAGAAACCCGUGAUAUCUCUCCAAACGCCUCAAAACGCAGACGUUCCACAUCUCCAGACGUCGCUGAAGGGGAUGGUGAAGUGAAAGGCGGUGAAACUGUUUCAAAGGAGCGUGGUAAACAGGGGUACGGAAGAGGUAGGCGCUGGAACAAGUUCAGACGGACCCACAACGAAUCGGAGAAUGGAGGGCCGGAGGGCACAGAUCAGACGCAUCAACGCCGUCGUUCCAAAUUUAGCCCUGAAAUUAGCAAGACAAAGCAGUGGGACACAGUACUCAUCACGGCACUCGAUGUAUAUGACUACGCGAAAGAGGAUAUCAUGGAUGCCGCAAACACUUUAGAAGAGGUUGACGACACCAGUAAACCCUCCAUAGCCACUUUUGAGCGCUGUGUCGAGGCCUUUCCGAUCAAAACCGGGGCUUACGCCAGCGUGGUUGGCAUACUGAAGGCUAAGGGGAAGGCAACAUUGGCUGAGCAUAUCGUGCAGCGCGUGCUCCACAACCUGGUGUCCAGCAUUUCAUCGGGAAAUAGGAUAGCAGCCAUCCACAAUAUGCGCUUUCUUAUUGGAACUCACUGCGCAGGGUUUGAGUCGUGCCAGACCAUGCAAAUCAUAGAGGCGCUGAUCAAAAUCGCUAAGAACAUCGAAGAGGCGGAAUUCGAGAGCCACCGCAAGUACGUCAACGCAGUAGUGGCGGCAGACAAUCUCAUGUACAUCGUCAUGGCCAGUUUACCGUGGUUCAGCUGCGAUGAGUACGCGAAGAAUAAGAAGCAAAUACACUCGUUCUGCGAUGAAAUCGCUGCCUACAGUGACCGAAGGAAUUACAAGAUGGAAAAGGUCGCCAGCGACUUAAAGAGAACGGAUAUUGACCCGUCUAACGAUGACCACUUGCACAACCCGUAUGCGUACAUAGCCGCUUACAAUGCCUACACGGACGAUAUACGGUUCGAGGACAGACUGACGACAGGAGUCGAGUGCCUUAGGUCGCUGAGAGAACACGAUUGGAUCUCCAGCACCGCGUUCAGGUUCUACCAGAGCAAGGGGGUUGUGGAGCACAUCUUCGCAAAGCCCGCGGAAACUGAAGUUGCCGAUGAGGUGGCAAAGGUUACACAGGAGAUAUUGCAAGCAAUAUUGAAAAUCGAACACGACAAAACGUGGAACUUCAAACCAGUUCCAUUCAUGCCGUUGAAUUUCGCACUGCGCAGCGACAAAUACGAAAAAGAAAGAGUGCAUGACAAGUGGUUAUUCCAAGAACACGUGAUUCACACGAUUCACGUCUUCAUGGAUGAUACCGAUCUCUGCGCGAGGCAGCUCAUCAAGAUUCCGUUCAACCACUAUUAUGGUGACAGGGCAAUCCUGGAGAUCCUAUUCAACAUGAUGCUCUCGCCGAUAUAUAGGCAGCAUUUCAGCAUGUUCGGCAUACUGGUGAUUCACAACCUGUGCAACAUCGAGCACAAGAUGGAAGGCUACUUUCACGACCUGUACUCUCAGCUUACGGAUUAUAUUCCACGCUUGGAUCCGACCGUCGUCUCAGAUCUUAUCACGGUUGGAGCGUAUUGGUUCAGCGUGGAAUUCUGUAAAGUAAGGAAGCUGCUGGCCUCCACUAAACUAUACAAAUUGAGACAGAAGGCGGAAGCCUGUGGCAUGGACAUUGAAGCCGAUCGGAAAGAGCAGGCAGAAAUCGAGGAGCAGGUCAAGGAGGCCAUUAAGGUGAAGAACAAGGAGUUGUUCAGCGCGAUGUUCGAGCACAACGUGAGGUCUCCACUUAACUUCAAUCAAAGGUUGCUGGACAAAAUAUCCAGGCUUGUUUACAUGGACAAGUUGUUGAACUAUGCACCAGAGAGCUUGAAGGAUAGCAUCCGGGCAGCCGUGCAAGUGGCACCCCUGAAUGUGCAACAGGCGUUCCGCGACAAACCCAUCGAGCACAGAGUGUUCCUUAACCUCCUUCACUUUAACAAGCUCACUGCGGAGGAGAACGAGCUCAGGAACCGGCGCAUUGAGAGCUUCAUCAACAACCUUGUCGGGAAGGAGCCACUCAAGGAGUUGCCUCCCAACGUCUUUGCGGAAAGCAAGAUACCGGAUGUGGAAAUGACGGACGAGGCCGAGGUCACUGCGGAUCCAACAGUGAAACGCUGGAGCAGGGAGGAACUCAUCCUUAUCUUCUGGGAGUCCCUUGUCAUCUUCGGCAACAAGUCGUUGACACACCUCAUGAGGCUCCUGGAAUUCCACGGGGAGGUCCUUAAAAGAUUCAUUGCCAAUGAUCAGGAGGGCGCGUUCCAAGAUUCCAUCGCAUUCAAGGCUCUGCGACUGACGCAUCAGACGCUCAAAAACACCAAGAAAUUCGAGCUGGUUAUGGGAGAGCUACUCAAGUUGAAUGUAAUAUCCCCCGCGGAUGCGUGCAGGUUGGUGUUUCACCACUUCCCAACUUCCGAAUUCUUCUCGAACCACUCAUUGACCAUCAUUGACUGUGCAUUCGACAUUGCGCGGGAUCGCGUGGAACAUGCACGUACCCGCUUGUCGGACCCUUCGGGGAAUGCUGAGCUGCACCGCACUGCAUUGGAGGAGCGCGAAGGCUGGAUGCGCCAGCUGACGCUCACUCUGCUCGAACUGGCCAACAACUUCAUGAUGCAAAGGAUGGGCGACUCCUUGGAGUCGAGCCUAACCAACAUUGUCAAGAAUGUGCUACUUAGGAAUGCCACCCAUUCCUAUGCCUUGUCGUACGCUCGCAUCGAGGCCGUGGAACGCGGGUUCCACCGCAGACUUGUUGCUGCCGUGGACCUGGCGCUGCUCGUGCAAAGCGUACAGACGCCGUUCUGA